UAUCUAACCUAAAUUUGACAUUUGUGAUUUAGAGUUUGAUUUCGCGUUCUUUCUGUUUUCAUCGAUUUUCGCUAAUUCAUUAGGAAUUUUGAUGCAAUUGGUGUGAAAAUUAAAUUACGUGUUGUUAGUCGGUAGUAAAUUGAAAGGCUAUAAUGCCUUCCAUCGAUGUGAUGGCCCCUCCGGGGCAAACUCUCGACGAUGUGCCGGAGGAGCCCCAAGCGCCUCCGCCGCCAGUUAUUGGCAUCAUAUACCCACCACCAGAAGUCAGAAAUAUUGUUGACAAGACAGCGAGCUUCGUAGCUCGCAACGGGCCAGAGUUUGAGGCUCGCAUUCGGCAGAAUGAACUCGGCAACCCAAAGUUCAACUUCCUCAACUCUGGGGACCCCUACCAUGCAUACUAUCAGCAUAAGGUCAAGGAGAUCAGAGAAGGGAAAGGAACAGAUACAAUUGUCCCCAGCCCGGCUGGGCCUCCGCUGCAGCGGCCCGGCCUAGCGCCGGCACAAGCUGCCAGACAGCAGGAACUCCUUAAAGCUGCAGCUCCCAUAGAGCCCCCUCCCCCUCGCGACCCCCCGCCGGAGUUCGAGUUCAUCGCCGACCCCCCAUCCAUAUCAGCACUAGAGCUCGACAUCGUCAAACUAACCGCUCAAUUCGUGGCUAGGAAUGGACGACAAUUCUUAACUGAUCUAAUGAAAAAAGAAGAACGAAACCAUCAAUUUGAUUUCCUGCGCCCACAGCACUCUUUGUUUCAAUACUUCACGCGACUUUUGGAACAGUACACGAAAGUUUUGCUUCCACCAAAAGAAUUAGUCUCGAAAUUGAGUGGAGAAAUACGCAGCGGUGUUCUAGAACAAGCUCGGAGCAGAGCAGCGUGGCACUCUCACCAGGCGAGGCGCAAGGCUGCUGAUGAGGCGAGGAUCGAGAAGGAAAGGCUGGCGUAUGCGUCUAUCGAUUGGCACGACUUUGUAGUUGUGGAGACAGUAGACUACCCUGCAGGGGAACCGGGUGAUUUCCCGCCGCCGACGACGCCUUUAGAGGUUGGCGCAAGAGUGCUAGCUCAAGAGCGUGGAGAGGAUAUUGUACAAGCAAAUGAAGAAGAUGAUACAGAAAUGCAAUUGGAGUCUGAUACUGAGUCGGAUUCGGAUGAAGAUCUAGCUGAGAUGGAGGAUAGGACUCAACAACAGCAAAGACCUGACGAUAAUCGUGUUCAGGAUAUGGAGGAAGAUAGCUCGUCGUCUGAGGACGAAGGCCCUCCAGAACCGCCGAGGAUACCUAGCGAGGAAGCACCGUUGCCGCCUCGACCAGAUCGCGUGGUCGUUAAGAAGUACGAUCCUAAACGCGCGCGGCCUCAGCAGACCCCUGCGAGCGAGGAAUGGCUCGUGUCUCCGAUCACUGGAGAGAAGAUCCCAGCUAAUAAGGUCGCGGAUCACGUAAGGAUAGGGCUGCUGGACCCUCGCUGGUUGGAGCAGCGGGACCGCGCCGCGGCGGAGAGGUCCGACCGCGACGAGGCACUCGCUCCAGGCGCUGCUAUUGAAGCCUCGCUGAAACAGCUCGCCGAGCGUCGUACGGACAUUUUCGGCGUGGGCGACGAAGAGACGGCCAUCGGUAAGAAGAUCGGCGAGGAGGAGAAGCGUCGCGACGAGCGCGUGACGUGGGACGGACACACGUCCAGCGUGGAGGCCGCCACGCGCGCUGCCAGGGCGCACAUCACCCUGGAGGACCAGAUCCAGCAGAUACACAAGGUCAAAGGUCUGCUGCCAGAUGAAGAGAAGGAGAAGAUCGGGCCGAAGCCGGUGCUGCCCUCUGGCCGCGGCUCCAACAUGCCGCGCGCGCCGCCCGCGCCGCCGCGCGCUGCACCUCAGCCGCAGCCGGUGCUUUUGCAGCCCAUACCGCCGCUCAUGGUAAUACCCCCCAUGGCGCCGAGGCCCCCUCUGAUACCGACGCCUGUGGGAGCCCCCUUCGGGUUCGGGGUGGCGGGGGUGCCGGGCGGCGUGGCGGGCGUGCCGCUGCCCCCUCCGCCGGAGGACGACGAGCCCGCGUCCAAGAGGGCGCGCACCGAGGACGCGCUGGAGCCCGAGAAGGCCUGGCUCGCGGCACACCCCGGCGUAGCGCCACUGCAGGUGGUGUUACCAUCUCUGCCGGAUCGCGCGGACUGGCGACUGGAUGGCCGAACACUGCAGCUAUCCCUUUCCCUCGCGACUUCCGUGUCCGAACUCAAGAACAUCGUGCAACGCGCCACCAACAUGCCCACGGCCAAACAGAAGCUGCAAUACGAGGGGUUGUUCUUCAAAGACACCAACACCUUGGCGUACUACAACGUGCCGCCCGGCGCCCUGCUGCAGCUGCAAGUGAAGGAGCGCGGUGGGCGGAAGAAGUAGAGCUGAAGUCUUGUUCACCGCGUAAGGUCGCCGGCUUAUCGGUGAUAUAUUCCAGAAAGUGUGCACAGGAACUCUUCAAUCUUGUCCCCCUUCACCAUUUUACCACCGAAUUGCAAGACGUCAGGCGAGUUUCCAUCCUUAUGGAAUUAUUAUCCUUCCAUCAUUCCUCAUACGCAUAGCUAAGGUUUGGAUUAAUCUUCCACAAUCUGUUUCCUACCAAUUACAAUCUGGGUAUCUUUAAAAUAAGAGUGAAUAAGUAGGCAUCUUCUAAACGCGUCCCAUCUUAGGCCACAUUAUCACUUUCCAUCAGGCGUGAUUGUGGUCAAGCACUUACCUAUAAUGAAUAAAAAAUAACAAUUAGUGUCAUGUAACUCGGUUUAUGUCAGAGCAUAAAACCCAAAAAACCCUCCCAUUUUGCAUAUUUUUCUUUGGCCUUGCAUGUAUAUAGACAUUCAAAUAGUAUAGAUAGAAUUUGGUAGAAUGAAGUAAAAUUUGUUUGCCCAUUAUUACACUUUCUGCUACCAUGUUUAAGAUGAUUUAUUUUGUAAGAAAUAUGGUAUAAAUAAAUGAUUUAUCCUAAAA